AUGGCAGCAGUUCAGAGCUCUGGCUUUGAGGACCCACACCUGGGGUCAUGCCCAGAUGGGGAUGAAAUCUCACUUUUGGAUGAAGACACAGACUCUGGAAGUGUGCUGUCUGAAGAUUCUGUGCUCCCUGAUUAUGAACUAGAAGAUGGGAAAAAGGGAACUGCCAACACUCUGCAUGAGGCCUGUGUUCAGAAUGACCCAGAAGCGCUGAAGAGGAUUUUGGAACGUGGUUUGACCUGUGAUGAGGUCAUGGAAGUUGAUAUUAAUGGCUGGAAUGGACUGAUGGUGGCUGCAUACAAAGGAUUUCUUCAAAUAGUUUAUGAGCUGCAUGGCUGCCCACAUUUGGACAUUAACCACCAAGACAAUGACGGCAACACUGCCCUUAUGAUCGCUGCUCAAGCUGGUCAUGUCUCCAUAUGUAACUACAUCAUGAAUUACUUCCCUGGAGCAGACACAGAGAUCAGAGAUAACAGAGGAUUCACUGCCCUCAUUAAAGCUGCCAUACAGGGCAGGAAUGAUGUGGUGGCUGCUCUUAUAAUGCACGGUGCUGAUGUAAAUGCUGUAGACUCCAACCGUGGUAAAUGUGCACGUGACUGGGCGCUGAAGACUGGCCGCUUUGACACACUGAAUCGACUGCGCCACCUUGCACUCCAUCCCACAGCAGAGCAGUUCUGUGACACCUACGUUCCCGAGUGGCCCAACCUCAAGGUGCUGGUCAGCAAAGCAACAGCCAACAGGAGUGCAGGCCAGAAGCUGACCCAUCAUCUCAAGAGUAGGUUCGGUUUCAGCUUCCCGCGUGACCCAGUGGAAAACGGGGUCAUGGAUCACAUGGUGCGAAUGACCACCAGUCUGCGUAGCCCACUCAUAGCUACAGCUACACGGCCACUGUGCCCAAGCAGCCCUCCACAGAUGGGUAAACGGCGGCUGGCUGUGGCCGAGCUGAUGCAGAAGCACUCUGAGAAACUGCUGGAAGAGAGUUCACUGUGCCACCGAAACAGCUCCAUCUCCUCUGUGUCUCCAUCAUUCCACUCAGCCGAGUUCGUCUCUGUGACCUGCUGUCCCGAUACUGAUAGACGGGGCAGUGUGCUGUCCAUUGGUAUGCGCACAUUCAUACCUCGUAGCGUAGCGUCGAGGCGCAACAGUAUUUUCCCCUCAGGCUGCAUCCCACAGAUCAAAGUCACCAAAUCCUCCGAGCCGACUCCGAAGAAAGAAAAGAAGAACAAAAAAGAUAAGGGGUACCUGGAGCCUCCAAAGUGGAAGUAUAAGGAGGCCAAGGAAGAGAAGAAGAAAGAGAAGAAAGCCUUGAAGGAAAAGGAAAAGGAGGAGAAGGACAAAGAGAAAAAAAGCAAAGACAAGGAGAAAAGAAAAAAGAAAAAGCAUGCUGACUGA